AACUAUCUGGAAUAAAAUAAUAUGUUAGAUAGAAUGCAUAAAUUGGUACGAAUCCAAACAGUUGCAUAUUUUGUUUCCCGACUGUAUUUGCAAUUUCUCAGGAAUCGAGCACGAAGUCAAGAGGUGUCAAUCAGCCAAUCAGGCAAACCGCUAUAGCCCGCGAAACCUCGGACUAUGGACCCAUGCCCUAAGACAAUUUGGGGGUGUAAGAAUUUUUGCUAGAUUUUGGGAGAGAAGGAUGAGCAACAGAGGUAAUAGCAGUGGAAGUGGCAGCAACAGCAACAUCAGUUCUUCCAAUCGCCCUGAAUGGUUGCAACAGUACGAUUUGAUCGGUAAAAUUGGUGAGGGAACUUACGGGCUUGUGUUCUUGGCGAAGAUCAAAUCCAAUCGGAGCAAGUCUAUCGCGAUUAAGAAGUUCAAGCAGUCCAAAGACGGCGAUGGUGUUUCCCCUACGGCAAUUCGCGAAAUCAUGUUGCUUAGGGAGAUAACCCAUGAUAAUGUGGUAAAACUGGUGAAUGUGCACAUCAAUCAUAUCGACAUGUCACUCUAUCUGGCUUUUGAUUAUGCAGAGCAUGACCUCUAUGAAAUUAUUAGACAUCACAGAGACAAAGUCAGCCAAGCUAUCAACCCAUACACAGUGAAGUCAAUACUUUGGCAAUUGCUUAAUGGGCUAAAUUAUCUUCACAGCAACUGGAUUAUGCAUCGAGAUCUUAAACCCUCCAAUAUUUUGGUAAUGGGUGAUGGAGAAGAACAAGGAGUUGUAAAAAUUGCUGAUUUUGGACUUGCUAGAAUAUAUCAAGCUCCACUGAAGCCAUUGUUUGAUAAUGGGGUUGUUGUAACCAUUUGGUAUCGUUCCCCAGAGUUGCUCCUUGGAGGGAAACACUAUACUAGUGCUGUUGAUAUGUGGGCUGUUGGCUGUAUAUUUGCUGAGCUUUUGACAUUGAAGCCAUUGUUUCAAGGACAAGAAGUUAAAGCCACACCAAACCCUUUUCAGCUUGAUCAACUUGACAAAAUUUUCAAGGUUUUAGGUCAUCCAACAGUAGAAAAAUGGCCAACACUUGCCCAUCUUCCACAUUGGCAAACAGAUCAGCAACACAUCCAAGGACACAAAUAUGAUAGUCCUGGUCUUUACAGUGUUGUUCACCUCUCUCCAAAAAAUCCCGCAUACGAUCUUCUCUCUAAAAUGUUGGAAUAUGAUCCUCGAAAACGUAUAACAGCAGCACAAGCUCUUGAGCAUGAGUAUUUUCGAAUGGAGCCUUUACCUGGACGCAAUGCACUAGUCCCCCCUCAACCCGGGGAGAAAAUAGUAAAUUAUCCAACACGUCCAGUUGACACAAACACGGAUUUUGAAGGGACAACAAGUCUUCAGCCUACUCAACAGGCAUCAGGAAACGUGGUGUCAGGGGGACAACAUGUAAUGCCAACUAGAAAUGUUCCACGCCCUAUGCACAUGGCCGGCAUGCAGAGGAUGCAACAGCAGCAGCAGAAUAUGGCGGCGUAUGGUCUUGCCUCUCAGGCGGCGAUGGGCGGCGGCGGCGGUGCAAUGAAUCCCGGAAAUAUCCCGAUGCAGCGGGGUGUUGCCGCCCAACAACAGCAACAACAACAACAGCAACAGUUAAGAAGAAAGGAUGCAAUGGGGAUGCCUGGAUACCCUCAACAAAAAUCAAGACGUUUUUGAGUAUGCAGGGAACAGGGAAAGCGCUGAAGUUAUCAAGAGAUUUCACUUUUGAGCACCUCAAGUCAGAAAAAUGCAAAAACAAGAUAUGCUGUUUUUGAAAAUAUUUUAUUGUUUACAGAAAUUACCAGUUUUAUAUGGUAAGACUGCAUAUUAUCUAAUAUAUAGAUAUUUAUUUAGCAAUAGAGAAAACUCUCAUGCUGUCUUUUUCAA